UUCAGUUUAUUUGAAAUUUUCAGUUACAUAAUAGUGUGCAUUUAUCGAAAUCCGGGUCAAUAAAAAUGCAUUAAUAUAACCAUUAAAAAAAAUAGUAUUUGGUUAGGCAACACGCAGAAAAGAGCUAGUGUUCCAGCAUCGUGUCCUGGAUACAUCGAUUGAUUUAGCUGAAUUGUACACAUCAUCUAAAUAUAUAUUGUCUGCAUACAAUAUUUUAAAGAUUGCCAAAAUGUUUCUGGAUGAAUAUUGCGAGCCCUUCAAUCCUUUCAACAUUGGGCCAGUCGAGAGCAAAGGGUAUAAUUACGUUGCCGCUAGCACUCCAACGUAUCCACCACCUGUAUAUGCGACAUGGCCACAGCCAAAGGAACACGUGAACAGAUCAGUAUCGCGGGCCACCAUGCGCAAGUCACAGUCAGAAGUGCUCAAAAAAAAUCGAUCGCUAUUGGGUGAAGUUACAGAUUCCAAUGCGAUAAACAAAGAGAUGAGCGCUUCCAAAAAGCAAUUGGCUGAGGAAGUACGCUAUCACAUAGGUGGCAAGUCGAAGAGUUCACGUUCUUUGGUCCAACACAGCUCAAAAUCGAAUCACCGGGAAAAAAGGGAAACCAAACUGUCAUCGUCUUGGAUGAGCAGGCGUGAAAACGCAGGUGGCCAUUCAAAUUUUACGGGCCUUUCACGAAGGUCACAAGGAAGUCGUUCUAGCUUUCAGCCAGAACUGACGUCUGGUGCGCGAUCCCAAUCAACGAUCAGAGGCAAAGAUUCCCGUGUCUUGAGGCCAAUACACGUACUCAACAGGGUCACACCAUCGAUGAAGCAGGUGGCUGAAUCAAUAAAACGGGAUCUAGAUGAGUCAACAAGGCUCACGCAAGUCCUUGUUGCGAGGGCGGCUGAGCUGAGUAAACGCCUGGAAGACGAGGAGCUGCAUGGAUCUAAUCAAGGCCUAUCUCUAGAUGCUGAACAUCAAAGCAAAUGCCAUCAGCCUUGCUUUAUUAGUUCUGCAGUUGUCAGCUGGAAUACUUUGGCCGGGCUGUUUUUUAAGAACAUAGCCAAUAUGUUUAUGAAUGAAAUGGGCGUUCUUUUCAAUCCAUUCAGCGUGGGGCCCAGUCAGAGCCAGUGCUGCAGUUACAAGAAGCCAAGCAGUACGAUAUAUCCGCAGCCUCUAUAUGAGACUUGGCCACCGAAGGGUUAUAACAUGAGAUCUAUUUCGAAAGACUCGCUCGCUCAGCAAAAUGAUAUUGGAGUUAUCAAAUCGCAAAGGGGCGAAGUUUCAAUUUCAAAAGCCAUCAAUGAGGAAAUGACCGCUGCCAAACAAAGCGUCAUUGAUGAGGGGCGCAUUAACGCUGGCCUCCAGCCGAAGAGUGCUGCGCCAGAGACAGACGACAGUAAAAGUUCCUUGAACGUAAUAAUGCCUAUCAAAAAAACUGAUUUGGAUUCUAAGGCAAGUAGCGUGUCCGUUUCAGAUAUCCCGUCAGUGGCGCCUUCGGGUAUGAGUGCGAAUAAGUCGAACUUUAACCAGCAUAGAGAUAACAUGAGCAUGCCCUCGCAUUUCAGCAAACGUACUGAAUCGAAUAUCACACUGACGGCCAAGCCCAACUUGAAUACAAUAAAGAAAAAUGCCGAAGCAAAUCAGUCAUCAGUGAGUCACAAUCGCACAGGUGCUGGUGGCAUUGAAGAGAAGCUUCAUGGAGACAGUGUGUCCAUGGCAGCGAAUGCUGCCCAGGCUGACAAUGCUUCUCGCGUUUCAGGCAGGUCGGAUAACAUUUCGCGUGUUUCUAUAAGAUCUAAGGCUAACGAUCGUCAAGCGGAUAGCAUAUCUCGUGCUUCGGUUAGGUCGAAAGCUACUGAUCGUCAAGCAGACAACAAAUCACGAGUUUCGGUUAAGUCCAAAGUGACUGAACCUCAAGCCGAUAACAUAUCACGUGUCUCUCUCAGCUCCAAGGCUAAGGACCACAAUGAAGAUAAUAAAUCCCGUGUUUCAAUUAAGUCAAAAGGCCCCGAUCAUGAAACAGACAAUAAAUCACGAGUUUCGGUUAAGUCCAAAGCGACUGAUCCUCAAGCAGAUAACAUAUCGCGUAUAUCUGCCAAUUCCAAGGCUAAGGAAAUCAAUGAAGAUAAUAAAUCCCGUAUUUCAGUUAUGUCAAAAGCUAAUGAGCGCAAUACAGAUAACUUAUCGCGUGUUUCGGUUAAGUCCAACGCGACUAAUCAAGCAGAUAACAGAUCUCAUGUUUCUGUCCGAUCCAAGACUAAGGACCAAAACGAAGAUAAUGUUUCCCGUGUUUCGAUCAAGUCUAAGACAAAUGAAGACGGAGCAGAUAAUGUUUCAGUGAAGUCUAAAGCAAACGAUUCAGCAGCUGCACCAGUGUGCUUCGAUGGCAGCAGAGCCUCGGUAAGGGACGUGGCUGCUUACAUUAAGAAGGAAAUGCAAAUGUCGAUGACGACUACGAAAGCCUUAUGCGAGAAGGCAGCACAGCUCAGUGAUCGCCUCAGGGCCGGAAAUGAGCUCAAACACAAUCGUUUUCAUUCUCUGAUUCGCAUGUACACACAAAAUGAGCCACUCAAGCGCUGCCGUGAAGAUCGCAUGUCCUUCUGGUUCAAGGAUGCCGUUCUUUCCUAGGCCAACUUGAGUUAUUUUCCAUUUCACAUCUCCCACGACUCCAAUACAAAGAAAAAACCGAAAAAAUUGAAAAUUUAAGAUGCCCUCACAUAACUGAAACGAAUUUCCAAAAAGAACACAAAAUAAUUUGUGAUUUGCGGUGGAACAUUUCGCUGACAUUUCGUAUCAUUAAUUUAAAUGCGCAAAAUUCUGCGGUCGGCGGCGAAUUCGGCAGUUUGCACAAUGCACUGGGCCAUAAAAUAUGCAAAAACAUUUGUUUCAUUUGUGCAAAAACUCAACAAAAUUCCGUCAAAAAAAAAAUAUAUAUAUAUGAGAAACUUUUUGUUGCGCUACGCACCAAAUACAAAAUAUGCUGUCGAAGAAAUUAUAUAAAGGAUUUAGCUACACGAGCUCAAGCGUCCUUCGAU